CCGGUUUGCCUAACAGUAGAAAUGGAGCCCGCAGUGUUAUUCACGGAAUCGGUUCUGGAGUUUCUGAAAGAUUCCCUAAAAUUUGACGAUACAUACCAAAGUGAUAUCGCAGCUCAUAUACAGAACUUUAAGGACCAAAAUAGUAUAUCGUUUAGAGUAAUUAGAGAUAUACACAGCAGAAACAAACUAGCAGGUCACAAACAGCGCUACCUUCAUGAAGUUUUACAAGAUAGUGACAUUUGUUUGCCAUGUGUCAAGUUACCACCCCGUAAUCCUGAGUUGGAAGCAAGAAUACAGAAAUUAAAAGCAGAACAAGACAACAAGAGAUACAGGGAAAUGACAAGAAAUGUAGACAAAUCUCAAAAGAACAGUGUGGACAAAAUGAAUAUUGGUGCAGAAGUGAAAGCUAUGAACUCCCAGAUCUGGUCCGUGGUGAACUUUGCUGUGACAGUAGGAGGAGCGUUUGCGUUCGGAUACAAAGCCACAGAAAUAGCCCUCGGUGGAUCAAAACAUGCCAUGGUUGCGCAAAUGAUUAUGGGUCUCAUCUUUGGUACCAUAGUGUUUUUUGCUGACUUGUACUUCCUUCUGAAGGAGCAUUCCCAAUACUGACAGUACCGUAUCAUAAACCCAUCAGGCUGUGGAACAGUGAGCAGAGAGCAGCAAUCAACGGAGGCUGUCUGGUUGUACAGUACAUAGGUGGAUGCUGCAGUAUACAGACAACUUGCAUUAAAAUAUUAUAAUUAGAACAAUUCCGUACAUUUGUGUACACUAACUUCAUCAAAAUAUGUAGUGGGUCUAUGUACAUGGAGAGGAUUAUUGAGGGGACACUGAAUGAGUAUAUAUUCAUUUGAAAGUUUUGUUGAGAGAUAAGAAAUACACAAGGAACACAGGGACACUGUCAGAUGUAGGUGACAAAUGAUCUAAGGGGAGAUAAUACACAGGUGUUGCUGUUAGACACCUUAUCAGUGAACACUUUCCUCGGUACAAUUUUCAAAUGUAAUUUAGCAUCUAAUAUAACAAUAAACGACUUUUAUUUCAGUGAAUUUGUGGUUAUAUGAACCUGAUAAUGUAACAUUGAAAUUAACUUUGUCUCAGUUAAUAUCAUUUUCUCGGGCCCAUAUAACCACAUAUCCACCUCUACAAAAGUCUAUAAUUAGUAAAUGUAAAGUAAAUAAAGUAAAUAGAAUAAGAGAUGGAAUACAAAGCGAAGAGGACGAUAUAGACUUGGAAUGUGAGAUAAGUAAGAGAUUGAUUGUAGAGGGAAGAAGGAGAUAUUGACUUGGAAUGUGAGACAGAAUUAGAAAUUGAAUGUAAAAGGACGAAGGAGAUAUAGACUUGGAAUGCAAGAUAGAAUAAGAAAUUGAAUGUUAAAAGAGGAAGCAGACGUAAACUUUGAUAUAGAUGAGAUGGAGUAAAAGAUGGCCUGUUCAAGGCAGGAGACAUACAAUUUGUGUACUAAAGUAGAAAAUGGAAGUUAAUCAAGAAAAGGAGAAUAAAAUGGAUGGCGUUAUAUCAUUCUGGAUCUAGACCUGCCCCAACCCCUUCUAAAUAUGCUCCUCCCUAUUCUGAACAUCUCCUACCAUUCUAAGCAAGCUCCUCUCCCUAAAAACAUGUUCUUCCCUCUCCAGGCAUGUUUCUCCCUCUAAAAACAAGAUUCUCUCCCUUCUAGCAUACAAACCCCUAAACUCGCCCUUUCCACUCAAAACAUACCUUCUCUAGGUAUGCUUCUCAGUUCUCCUCUUCAAAAUAUGCUCCUUUCCACUACAUGCCCUUCUCCCUCUAAAACAUUUUCCCUCCCUUUAAACAUGCUCCUCUCACUCUUUACACCCCCUUGAAAGCAUACCCUCUCACCAUUUUAAACAUUCUUCUUCCUCCUUAAACACAUUCCUCUCCCUCUUAACAUGCUCCCCCUCACAGCAUGGUCCAAAUUCCUCUCAACAUGCUCCUCCCAUUUAGACAAACUCCUCCCUCUCUUGGCAUGCUCCUCCCACUGCAAGCAAACAUUUCCCUCUCCCUCUAAACAUAUUCCUCCCCCACUUAACAUACUCCUUCACCACUAAACACUUUCCUUGUUCUAGACAUGUUCCUCCCAUUCUUGAAAUACUCCUCCUUUAGGAAUACCCAAUCAUUGAAGGUUUACUCACCACAUGUAGGCAUGCUUCUGCCUGGCUAUAUAUGCCCCNCACACACACACACACACACACACACACACACACACACACACAAUUCUCCGUGGUAUACCCACAUUUACCUCAUUUACCUCUCUAGACAUGUUCCAUUUUCCCCCUUUGCAAUCUCCUUUCUCUCUUUGUUAUAAAAAACAGAUAGUGGAAUUCUGACCCCGACCACAGUUCUAGAGUUAGGAGACGGAGAUAUCAUCAAGUGUGACAGUUGAUAUUAUAUGUGUAGAUCUAUAAUCAGAUACUAUAUACAUUGUGUAUGGAUGCAGCAAUCUUAUUUUGUUGUAAAAUGUUGUUAAUUUAUUUGA